AUGGACCUCGUGGUCAGAGGGUCCGCUGUUGUUGUUUUACCGAUGAGCCGAUGGGCCCUAGAGGUCAGAGGGUCCAUCGUUGCUGUUGUACUGAUGAACCGAUGGGCCUUAGAGGUCAGAGGGUCCACCGUUGCUGUUGUACCGAUGAACCGAUGGGUUGAAAAUUUGGGGACAUCUGCUGCUUCUGAAGUACUUUUGGCCUUUUCGCCCACUGAAGUUGAACAUCUUGCAUUACUCAAAGCCGCUGCAACUUCUGGUAAGAGGAAGAAGAAAACUUAUGUUCCUCUUGAUGUCAAGUCUGCUAAGCAGCCUGAUGGACCAAAUGGAACUAAGUUUUUCUCUAUAACUUUGUUAACUCCACUAAGUAAAGAUGAAACCACGACAUUAGAUGUUCUUUACAUGUUGACACGGUCUUUGGAACCUUUCCCAGUUGAAAUAAGUCAAUCAGAGUCACAAUUGGUUUAUUUCCGUGAUAGUGCAAUAUUAUUAUCUCCCUAUCAUGUCAAACAACAAACAACUUUUCUCAAGACACCAAGCACUAUGGUAGAAUCAUUCACGGUGGUGGACCCCACUAAACGUGCUGGUACAGAGUUGAAAUAUGGGCCAUAUGAAAAUCAUCCCCCGUAUUCAUAUUCUCCUGGGAGCUUCUCCCUGCACCUCCAAUAA